AUGCUGGUACGAGAAUUUUAUACAUCAAGAGAACAAUGUUCUUCAGAAUUACCACAGUAUCCAUAUUGGGAGCAACAGGAUCCAUUAGGGUUAUUUGGUCAAUUAAGUCCGCCAAAAUCUUUACCACAUCUAAUAGUUGUGCUUUGUUGA